UUAUCUUCCGUCGAGGAAACACUCUGCCUCGCUCGAUCUGUUUUCAUGCACAAGCCUUCCACAAGAUAUGAUGACCCUGUGUACGGUCAAAGGUAUCCUAAUCUCGGGCAUUUUUUUCUGCAGUGGCAAUGGGACGAUUUGGGAUCACGCAUCCCGAUCAGCAUCAUGGCAUCAGCUGGGUACAUUCUGAGACCAUGACGUUUACACAGCUGCUGGAGGAAAACAUCCAUGUCGAAUGUGUCACCUGCACUCUAGCUGGGAGUGCCACAAUAUUGGAAGCCGCUAAAGCGGUGCACCACGGGCAUAAUUGCUUCCGCCGUUUUCUCUAUGGCGGUGAAGAGCCAAGAUUCCGCGUUCUGGAGGAUUCGGAAGACAUGAUUCUUGAGCACAUUGCAUCUGCGCAUCCUAACGCACGUCCUGAUUUACAAUAUUGCUUCAAAGGACCAAACCAUCAAACUCCGAGGAAGCCUAUUCCGCGUCAUAUUCUGACCUCCAAUAACCGAGUAGUUGGAACUGUGCAAGUGGGGGUUGCAUCUACUCCGAUAUGUGCAAUGAUCCUAGCUAUUGGGGAUGGAUGAUACAACUCAAUGUGAUGGCUGGUAAUCCCCAUGUGAGCGACUUUGACAGAUAAGGGUCGGCCGUAUCCAAGAGGUGCCCAUGACCACAUAUGCAGAUUAUAUUAGUUGUUCCAAACACACCCACACCACGAUCGAUCUAGGUGUACACGUUCUUAUCGGAGGCAUCAGGGAAUUAAUCAGCGUCGACUUAA